UCCUAAUCGGGUACUAACAACCGCCCAGAUCAACCUCCUGGCCGCGGCCCAAGGAUCCCAUCGCCGGUCAUGGCUAAGUCAUGGGAAGGCAUUGAAGGCACAGCGGCGGUACCUUGUGUGGCUUUCCAUGCGCCUGUAUUAUCGCAGUCGGAUAGGCAUUCCCGCUCGUCAAUGUCGUCUUGACCUCAUGGAAAGUUCCUGACACCCAGCGCCUCACGACAGACGGCCACACGCGCAGGAAGCGCGAUUCUAGAUCCGAAACAGCCUAGUUAGGGUCUACAAGACGAUUUCGAACCGAGAAAUGGCACCGGGGAGGACUGAAGCGCCACCGGGCACCGGCCGCGAUGGACACGGCGCAAACAAGACGUUGGCGAUUCGGCCCAAGGAUCACGACAUAGUCCUCAAGACCCUCCGGUUGCUUGUCGCCGACCUGUGCCAGCAGUUUGGCGGUGGUCACCCGGGUGGUGCCAUAGGCAUGGCCGCCAUCGGCGUAGCUCUUUGGAGAUAUGCCAUGAAGUAUGCACCUCACAGCCCCGACUACUUCAAUCGCGAUCGCUUCGUCCUGUCCAACGGCCACACAUGCAUCUUCCAGUACAUGUUCCUCCACCUCAGCGGCUACAAGGCCAUGACAUUCGAUCAGCUCAAGUCUUACCACUCGGAGCGUGUCGACGCCCUCUGUCCGGGUCAUCCAGAGAUCGAGCACGAGGGCAUCGAGGUCACGACGGGGCCCCUGGGGCAGGGCGUCGCCAACGCCGUGGGCCUCGCCAUCGCGACCAAGAACCUGGCCGCCACCUACAACCGACCGAACUUUCCCGUCGUCUCGAACCACGUCUGGUGCAUGAUCGGCGACGCCUGCCUUCAGGAGGGCGUGGCCCUCGAGGCCAUAUCGCUGGCGGGGCAUCUGCGUCUCGACAACCUCACCAUCAUAUACGACAACAACCAGAUCACCUGCGACGGCUCAGUGGACCUCACAAACUCGGAGGAUGUAAACGCCAAGAUGAGGGCCUGCGGCUGGCGCGUCGUCGAUGUGGAGGAUGGAUGUUAUGAUGUCGAGGGACUGGUCAAGGCACUCGAGGACUCGCGCCGGCCCCAGGACGGAAAGCCGACCUUUAUCAAUGUGCGCACAGUCAUUGGACUUGGCAGCGCGGUCGCGGGCACGGCGGACGCACACGGACAAGCAUUCGGGAAGGAGGACGUGGCCAACAUGAAGCGGGCAAACGGGUUCGAUCCGGACCAGUACUUUGUCGUUGGCGAGGCCGUCCGCGACUUCUUCUCCGACCUGCCGCGACGGGGCGAAGCGCUGGCGGCCGAGUGGGGGUCGCUCGUCGACCAGUAUGCGACGGAGCACCCCGAUCUGGCCUUGGAGUUCAGGCGGAGGGUCCGGGGGAAUCUUCCUGCUAACUGGAGAGAUCACAUCCCCGGCAUGUUCUCGGAUAAGCCGACGCCCACGAGGGCCUCCUCGGGGCUCGUUCUUAACCCCAUCGCCAAGGAGCUCAACUCCUUUAUCGUCGGCACCGCAGAUCUCUCGCCGUCGGUACACAUGGCGUGGGAUGGCAAAGAGGACUUUCAAAACCCAGACGUACGGCCCGCCUGCGGCAUCAACGGCUCGUACACGGGCCGCUACAUCCACUACGGCGUCCGCGAGCACGCCAUGUGCGCCAUAUCCAACGGCAUCGCGGCCUACAACCCGGGGACGUUCGUGCCCGUCACGUCGUCCUUCUUCAUGUUCUAUCUGUACGGCGCGCCCGCGGUCCGCAUGGGCGCGCUGCAGCGCCUGCAGGUCAUCCACGCCGCCACACACGACUCGAUCGGCAUGGGCGAGGACGGCCCGACGCACCAGCCCGUAGAGCUGGCGACCCUGUUCCGCGCCACUCCGAACCUGCUCUACAUGCGGCCCGCCGACAGCGAGGAGGCGGCCGGGGCUUGGGAGGUGGCCAUCCGCGAGCGCUCGCGGCCCUCGAUAGUGUCCACGUCGCGCCACAAGCUGCCGCAGCUGGCGCCGCGCACCAGGCGGGACGGCGUGGAGAAGGGCGCGUACGUGGUCCAGGAGGUCGACGACGACGGCGUUCACGCGGACCUGACGCUGCUCGGCGUGGGCGCCGAGCUGACGCUAGCGCUAGACGUGGCGGCCGAGCUAGCGGCCAAGCACGGGGUGCGCGCGCGCGUCGUCAGCUUCCCCUGCUGGCGGCUGUUCGACGAGCAGCCGGUCGGGUACCGGCGCGAGACGCUGCGCCGGCACGGUGACGCGGGGAUCCCCGCCCUUGUCAUCGAGCCGUACGCGCCGCAGGGCUGGGAGCGCUACGCGGACGCGGGCGUCUGCCUGCGCCGCUUCGGCCACUCGCUGCCCGGGCCGGCCGCCUACAAGUACUUUGGCUACGAGACCGAGCCUCUUUCCGAAAAGGUCCUUGGCUAUCUGAACGGGCUGAAGAGCGGGGAGUACCUUCGCGGCGAGUUUGUGGAUUUGUAAAUGAAUAUCUAGACUGGAGCUACAUUAGCAGGGACCAAGCCAUUCAGAUAUAAAAAGUAACACAGUUGAUUCGAUGAAUUAUUCCC